AUGGCGGCGAAGUUUUUAUCGAUGGCAUGCAUAGGGGCGGCUGAGAGCGGUAAUUUGUCCCCGCGGCCGCGCUACCCAUCGAUGCCCAGCUACCCCAAAGGCGUCGUCGUUUCGUCCGACGAGGAGAAAAUCGAGGCGGCGUCGGCGGCGGCGGCCACCUUCUCCGUCGCUGGAAUGACGUGCUCCGCCUGCGCCGGGUCCGUGGAGAAGGCCGUCAAGCGCCUUCCCGGGAUCAGGGAGGCGGCGGUUGACGUCUUGAGCGGCCGCGUCCAGGUCCUGUUUUUCCCGGCUUUUGUCAAUGAGGAAACAAUCCGCGAGACAAUCGAGGAUGUAGGCUUCGAGGCCUCACUGAUUAAGGAGGAAAUAACCGAGAAAUCCUUUCAGGUGUGCCGAAUUCGGAUAAAAGGAAUGACAUGCACUUCUUGCUCCACAACAGUGGAGUCCCACCUGCAAGGACUGCCUGGCGUGCAAAAAGCCCGAGUUGCAUUGGCAACUGAAGAGGCUGAAAUCCGUUUUGACCCGAAUAUCCUCACUCAUGACCAGAUACUAAAUGCUAUAGAAGAUACUGGGUUCGAGGCUAUUCUGGUCAGCUUGGGAGAAGAUAGGUGCAAGAUACAUUUACUCGUCGAGGGAUUACAUUCCCAGAAUUCCAUCCGGUUAAUCGAAAAUUCUGUUCAAGCUUUGCCGGGUGUUCAAGACGUCAACUUCGAUCUUGACCUCAAUAAGUUAUCCCUCUCUUACCAACCAGAUUUGAUAGGCCCCAGAAGUUUCAUCGAGAUUAUCGAGUCAACUGGGUUGGGAAAGUACCGGGCGAAGAUAUUCCCUGAAGGCGAGUCAAGAGAAUCUCACAGAGCAGAGGAAAUCAAACAAUACUACAAAUCUUUCCUCUGGAGUCUGGUUUUUACUGUGCCUGUUUUCUUACUUUCCAUGGUCUUCAUGUACGUGCCCGGCAUAAAGCACGGGCUCGACACUAGAGUCGUGAACAUGCUCACGGUCGGGGAGGUUUUGAGGUGGGUGCUGUCUACCCCGGUUCAGUUCAUUAUCGGGAGAAGAUUCUACAUUGGUGCUUACAAGGCAUUAAGGCACGGGUCAGCAAACAUGGAUGUCCUAAUUGCACUAGGGACAAACGCAGCUUAUUUUUACUCGGUCUACUCAGUUUUGAGAGCUGCCAGCUCGCCGGAUUUCGAGUCAACCGAUUUUUUCGAGACGAGCUCAAUGCUCAUCUCGUUCAUACUUUUGGGCAAGUAUUUGGAGGUCAUGGCCAAGGGGAAAACGUCCGAGGCCAUCGAGAAGCUCAUGGACUUGGCUCCAGAAAGAGCGACCCUUUUGAGUCUGGAUAACGAGGGGAAUGUGUUGAGAGAGGAGGAAAUUGAUGGUCGGCUGAUACAAAAGAACGACAUUUUGAAGAUCGUGCCGGGCUCUAAAGUGGCUUGUGAUGGGUUUGUUGUGUGGGGCCAGAGUCAUGUGAACGAGAGUAUGAUUACAGGGGAGUCAAGGCCGGUGGCGAAAAGGAAGGGUGAUAUGGUCAUUGGAGGGACUCUGAAUACGAAUGGAGUGAUGCAUGUUAAGGCAACUAAGGUGGGGUCGGAGAGCGCUCUUGCGCAAAUUGUUCGGCUAGUUGAGUCGGCUCAAAUGGCAAAAGCGCCUGUUCAGAAGUUUGCUGACCGUAUUUCGAAAUUCUUUGUUCCUCUGGUUAUAUUUCUUUCAUUCUCGACUUGGUUUGCCUGGUUUCUGGCGGCAAAGUUAAAUGGCUACCCAAAAUCAUGGAUACCUUCGUCCAUGGAUAGCUUUCAGCUCGCGCUUCAGUUUGGCAUUUCAGUUAUGGUAAUAGCGUGCCCGUGUGCACUUGGUCUGGCUACACCAACAGCUGUUAUGGUUGGCACAGGCGUGGGUGCUUCUCAAGGCGUCCUUAUUAAAGGGGGGCAUGCAUUAGAAAGCACACAUAAGGUCAACUGUAUAGUUUUUGACAAGACAGGAACCCGUACGGUUGGAAGGCCGGUGGUUGUCAACACAAGGCUUCUGAAAAACAUCGUCUUGAAAGAUUUCUUUGAAAUAGUUGCUGCUGCUGAGGUAAACAGUGAACACCCAUUAGCCAAGGCAGUUGUCGAGCAUGCCAAGAAGUUCAGCCAAGAAGCAGCGAAUUCAGUUUGGCCUGAAGCUGUAGGCUUCGAGUCCAUUGCAGGUCACGGUGUGAAGGCCGUUGUUCGAAACAAGGAGGUCCUAGUCGGAAAUAAAAGUUUAAUGGUUGAUAACAAUAUUAAAAUCUCACUCGAUGCUGAGGAAAUACUCUCAGAAACCGAAAGCUUGGCCCAAACAGGAAUCCUUGUGUCCAUCAAUCAGGAGCUGGUGGGAAUAAUUGCGAUAUCUGAUCCUUUGAAGCCCGGAGCCCGUGAAGUCAUAUCCUUUCUCAAGUCUAUGAAAGUCAGAAGUAUAGUUGUCACGGGUGACAAUUGGGGAACUGCAAAUGCGAUUGCCAAGGAAGUCGGCAUCGACAGUGUUGUUGCUGAAGCCAAGCCUGAGCAAAAAGCAGAGAUAGUCAAGGAACUACAGGCGGGGGGCAACGUGGUGGCAAUGGUGGGGGACGGCAUAAACGACUCGCCGGCCCUCGUGGCCGCCAACGUCGGCCUGGCAAUCGGGGCCGGCACGGACAUCGCGGUGGAAGCUGCCGACAUCGUGCUGAUGAAAAGCAACCUUGAAGACGUCAUCACGGCCGUCGAUCUCUCGAGGCGGACUUUCUCGCGCAUUAGACUCAACUACUUGUGGGCCCUCGGCUACAACGUGCUCGGCAUCCCUGUGGCUGCCGGAGCACUAUUCCCGUCAACCAGAUUCCGGCUGCCGCCGUGGGUUGCUGGGGCGGCAAUGGCGGCAUCAUCGGUUAGCGUGGUCUGCAGCUCGCUGCUGCUCAAGAAUUACAGGAGGCCUAAGGAGGUGGAUGGGCUUGCCAUUAAAGGGAUUACAAUUACAUUUUCAAUUUCAUCCUCGUCGUGCCUCCGCUCGGGCGGGUUGAAUCUGCAGUGUACUAGAGGACGUUUUUGGGUACGUUGGCCGGGUCUAGUUAGCCAUCCAUUAGGGAAGUUUCUAGAUCCGGUGUGCUGGGCCGUGGACCUUGUGACUUCUUCUUGGUGGGUCGCGUUAGGUGUUGUCUCGGGUUGUGACGGUGCUGGUUAUUCUUAG